CGGGCAGCUUUAAAUUCCAGUGAAAGCUAUAAUUGAUCAAGCAUUUAAAUUUUAAAAAUAUCCAGUUUUGAAAAUUUUAUGUUUCCCCUACACAAACUCAUUUGAUAUGGAAUGAGAUUUUGAAAAGAAGCAGUUUGCAUUGACUACGAAGUAUUGCAUAUAUUAAACCUAAACCUAUUGGUAACUUUCAAAGCUAAUGUAAUACAUUUAAUCAUAAAUAAUUUAAUAAUAAUAGCAAUAACUAAUAUGUCUCUAAUUACAUAAUAAGGAAGCAAUGCGGCUCGAUUCAAUAGAUUGCGGAGUCUAAAGUGCACAGAAAAAUGAGUGAGAAAAUUAAAAUAUUUAUAAGUUUCAACAAAUUUUAAACUUUUUCUAAAUGUCCGAUAAAAUAACGUUUAGAAAGAAAAACACCAGAAUUUUUUUCGUGCAAAAUUUUUUGUCACAUCAAUAGUGCGCGAAAAAAACUUCCUUUAAUAACCGAAACACUGAAAAGAAACAGUCUUAUUUCGUCUCAUUAAACUGUGUGACAAAAUCACUUUUGAAAUCCAAAAUACUGAAAAUAAAUUCGACAUUAAACUGUGUGACAAAAUCACUUUUGCAAUCCAAAAUACAGAAAAUAAAUUCAAACAGUUCUGUUGUUCCCAUUGAAGUUUGCGACAGAAAUACGUCCAAUAAACGAAACCCUGGACACAAACUCACCUACUUCAGCAUGACCGCGUCGUUCGUGUGCGAGACAACCUACCGCGGGUGGCGGGCGGUGGAAGGCUGCCAGUCUGCCGCUGGCAUAUCAAGACUCGUCGACGCCGUCAUCUUCGGAGACAAAACUGACAGUUGCACUGACCCAAAGCUACCGUUUGAGUCGAGCCGUGUGCAGCUGCAGUUGACUGAGCAGCAGCUCCGACUUGUGCCGCUCAAGAAGGACGAAGGUUUUGAGUCGGACUCUGACGGCUCGUCGGGCAGCCUCUGUGAUGAGCAGUGCUCUCAGAGCUCUCAGAGCUCUCAGUGCUCUCAGAGCUCUCAAGUCCAGGUAAUUCGUGAUCACGUGCUACGUCUGGACAAACUGCUUCGUCAGGAAGGAUCGUCCCCGAGCCACAAAGACAAAAUAACUCGCAUUAAUCACGUUAAUCACAACAUUAACUGCACCAGCAACAUAAACAAUCAGAACAACGUCAUGAGUGACGUAUCAGGGAGCGGUAACAUCAGCGCUGACACUGUGAGCGUCAGCAGCAGCGAUGACGUUAACGUCGCUAAGAAAGAAGACGCUGCGUCUUCCAGCAGCGGAGCUGAGAGCGAGGACGACAUUCCCGCUAAAAUUACAAACACAAGUCCAACUGCACAUAACACUAGCAAAACUUCAGCCUGUACGCACCUGCCAGCGCUCCGACAGACAAGCCAGUCACCAGAUGGAGACACCAGAGCAUCGGGGGCAACCGCAGCAACGACGUUCAUGAUGAGCGACAUCCUCUUCUGUCACAUCAGUAGCAGUCAUCCUAAAGUCGUCGUACUCGUCGCCAAAGCUUCUUUUUCUAGCCCCCUAAUGCGAGCUCAUGUUCUUGAAUGUCUCUCCCAACACGCAGCCAAGACUUUUUAUUUACACUACUACAAGGCAAAAAACAAACACAAUCUCGAGAGAUACCGAAAUACUAAAAGAAAGACUGACGUAGAUCAGUUCAUGUUAGGCGAUGAUAAAGAAAACGUUUUGUCAAAUUUCAAAACCAAUCUUGACGUCUUUGACUCGCUACGGAGCUGCGCUGUAAGGAAAGACAGUGGAACGAGCAGCACAGACGAGGCAAGCAGUCCCAGGGGGUCUGUGAGGUCAUACAAAAAUGAAAACUCAGCAUCUGAUAAUGUUAAUAUAAUUGAAGUUAAAUCCAAUGAUAGCUCUUCUUCGGAAGGCACUCAGCCAUUUAGCCUUCUUCAACGCACUGAUAAUGAGGGGAUAACACACAUCGAGAUCGAAAGCGGGCCCGCGAGUCUUUUGAACGGAAGCUCACUGCCUCCAGAUUUUAGCAGUAUCAUUAGUUUAAGUACUCCAGAAACCAAUGGAAUCGUUGCUGGAUUUGGGGGAGUAAGGAACUAUAGAAAUAUGCUAAGAACUAAUAACAAUAGCUGCCCAAGUAGCUUACUUAUUCUUGAGCGUGAGACCAUUUCUUCGGGAACCGAACACGAUCGUAAAUUCAGGCAGCGGCAGCCAGCGCUUCUAUUACGAGCUGAAGAAGAUGAGUCUGCACAGAGAAUGAUGAGAAAAGUCGAUGACGAUUCCAGAAGCAGGAGAGACCGUCACUUCUUGGAAGUAACCAAACAUCGUGAUAUCGGUAGACCUCCUUUACCACCCCCCUCGUCAUGGGCUUUACCAGACAGACCAAUACGACAUAAAACUGUCACACGAGUGAUAGAGUACCGAGACCCAGUUCCUACAAAGAAUAAGUCAAACAUGUCUCCAGCUCCAACACCACCUCCGCGUCGACAUCCACAUGACUCUUCUUUGCUGUUGGUACCAACGAAAAGUGGUCAGGAGUCCAAGAGGUCGUACUACCCCAAAGAAUCUCACAUCGUUCGUGGCAACAAAGUGGUUCGCGUUGACUUCCCUACUGUUCCAGUAUGGAACCAUAGACCGGAUCCAAACAACAACGCCCGUCAGUAUCUGCACUACACCGGAGGCUGGGCACAUGAAUAUCAUUCUCCUAGAAUGCGGGAAGCCGUUCUCACCUCGGAGCUCAGGAGACGGUCUAGGUCGAAAAGCCCGGCCAGGAAGCCUGUCACCAAUCGCUAUCUUGACGUUGUCUCAACUUUCAAUAUCUCGCAAAAAUUACGCGAAAUUUCUGAGGCUGUUUUUUCUAACAAGAGAAGUCAGGGAAAUAGUAUCGUCGAUUCCUUACCACCUGUAAGGGGGAAUAGGACGGGUGUAAAAAGCUCCACAACCACUGGAGAAAAGGAAUCCCUCCGACCAGUCAUUAAAAAAGGAAACCAAAAACAAACCGAAGGCGAUAACAGGAGAGUAACUUUUAGCGCCUAUGCUACAGUUCAACUUAUGAACUCAUGAUGAAAUAUGGCUGCAGGAACGCGUUUUCAGUUUAAAGAGUAAAUCAGUUGUUUAAUUACGGGUGAUGAAUAACAAUGAAUAUCUUAAGUGAGUUCAGAGUUACUUAUUUUUAUCUUCCGCUGAUGUAAAAAAAAAACCCUGCUGUGUUCUAUGUUUCCAAUAAAUGCGUUUUGCUCGUAGUUCACAUUUGAGAUAACGUUCAAAAUACCAUGCUUUUUUAGCUCUUAGUCAAUAACUGAUAAUAAGGAAGUUCUACUAAAUUUAUUUUUCUUCGUAAUUUUGUUCACUGCUAAAAAUAUACUAUAUGUUUCAUUGUUAUUUACCUUUUCAAGACAUUAUUCGUCUGGAAAAUGACACACAAUUAUGAGUAACUGUGAACCACAAUCACAUAUCAUUUCUCAAUUCCUGAUGAUGAGUCCAUACCACAUUAUAACAUUCUAACGUUUGAUUAAUCAUUUUAACAUAGGUUCGAAUUUGUUCUUUAUGAAUAUAUCAACUCAAUGAGUUCUGCAUUCGUGGCCUAAUUAAUUAUUUUAAUAAAUUAUAACUACAAACUGUUCGUAAAGUUUUCUGGGUUAUUUCCAGCCGCACUUCUUAUUUAAGUAAGUCCACUCACUGACACCCGCUGUUACCAUCAAGUUGAUGUAAGUCGAUUCGAAAUAUUAUGAGCGGUGUUCAAUUGGAAAAUGCUCGCACCCAGAAACGAACUGUACCAUUGACAUAUUUUCAGAAUUGCGUAAUUUAUUUUAAGAAAUAUUUUACCCAUUCUUGGCUUGCACGGUGCACACACCGAAGGAUCAUCAGACAGACACCGGGCGCAACGAACUCGAGUGGACAACACAAUUUUUGUAAAAUUUCUGGCGAUGUGUGGUUUCGCCAAAAUUAUUUUAUUAUUUUAUUAAACUUGGUGCAAAAAUUAUGUGGCAAAGUACAUGCCGAAUCCCAACAGGCAACUGACAUUGAAAUUAUUUUUAUAUAAAAAUGUGUUACAAAGAAAUUAACUCAUAAUCAACGGUGUUACAACAUCAUUUGUGUUGAAGGAUAUGACUGACGUAAUUACGAUUAAUCAAGUGAUAAUUAAGGAGGUAACUCCAUUAUAUACUGUUCCCAAUUGAGUAUUAGGUACGCAUUUACUGGAGUACCUAUAUGCUAUGUUUUCAUCUAGUCUACAUUAAGUAUAUAACCUGUUGUUUGCUUGUAAAUACUCUUGCUUGCUACUUAUAAUAUGUUUCUGUAAAUCAAUUGUUUUCUUCAAGAAAUAUAUCCUAGUAAAUGAAUUAGUCCCAGACUAGCUGAAUAUUUUUGUCGUAAUUCAAACUCUUAUAAAUGUUUCUUGUUUUUUUAAGAAUAGAAAUUUGUUUGUUUUAACUUGAAUGGAAUGCAUGAAGCUUUUUAUUUCAGUUAAAUUUUUCGAAAUUCAUGAAUAUUUUAUUUCAGCGCUAUCUUAUGUUCUAAUCAAUCGCAAAACAAUAAAAACGUAAACUUUGUCUUCUCCUUUACGACAGACAACAUCGUAUUACAAAGCCUUCGAACCGCUAAAAUAUAUUCUUCAGAUAUAA